UUGGAUCGCUGUUCGGAGCAGUAGAGGAAAAGGUGACUCCAUAUAGAUUUGGCCCACACCCACGCAUUUUCACGUUUUCACUCGGCCGAACGACAUUCGCACGAGGAUACCAUGUCGACCAGCUUCGGAAGCGUUCUUAUAAGCGAUCCCGUGCACGCGUGUUGCGGCGAAUUGCUCGCUCGCUACGGCAUUCCAGUCACGACCAAACACAAGCUGUCCAAAGAGGAGCUGAUCAGAGAACUGCAGAAUCACGAUGCCCUGAUUGUUCGAUCAGAAACGAAAGUGAACAGCGAGGUUUUCGCCUGCUGCCCGAAACUUCGCGUCGUCGGCCGUGCUGGAACCGGCGUGGAUAACAUAGAUCUCGAAGCUGCUACGCGGAAUGGUGUCAUCGUGUUAAACACUCCUGGUGGAAACAGUAUCAGCGCUUGCGAACUAACGUGCGCGUUGAUCUCUGCGUUGGCUCGUAACGUCGCUCAAGCGGCUCAGUCGUUGAAGGAAGGACGAUGGGACAGAAAACUGUACUCCGGUUUCGAGUUGUCCGAAAAGACGCUCGCUGUUCUCGGAAUGGGUCGUAUCGGCCGCGAGGUAACUAAAAGAAUGCAGGCGUUCGGUAUGCGAGUGCUCGCGUUCGAUCCACUCUUGACCCCCGAAGACGCGAACCAACUCGGCGUAGAAAAACUUUCGCUAGAGGAGAUAUGGCCAUUAGCGGAUUACAUCACAGUGCAUACACCGCUUAUUCCUCAAACGAGAAAUCUGAUCAACGCGUCAACUCUGGCGAAAUGUAAGAAGGGCGUACGCGUGAUAAAUGUGGCGCGAGGUGGUAUCGUGGACGAGCAGGCGCUUUUAGACGCGUUGAAGACUGGUCAAUGCGCCGGUGCCGCUUUGGACGUGUUUAUCGAAGAGCCGCCAAAAAAUCCGGUUACUCUGGAGUUGAUUAGACAUCCCAACGUCGUCGCUACUCCUCAUCUCGGAGCGAGCACCGCCGAAGCCCAGCAACGAGUCGCCGUCGAGAUAGCUCAACAAUUCGUGGCCCUGGCGGGCAAAUCGAGCGAAUACGUGGUCACCGGAAUCGUAAACGCGCCGAUCUUGAGUCAAGCUAUGACGGACGAGAACGCGCCAUGGAUCGAACUGUCGAAGAAGCUGGGUCAACUGGCGGCACGAUUGCUAAAAGGAAAACUUAACGUAACUGUUCGCAGUCAAACGAUCGGUUAUGGGAUGCAGGAAAAGACAUUCGUUCACACCGCCGUCCUGCUCGGUGUCUUGUCCGGUCAAACCAAGAACGGUUUGAAUUUGAUCAACGCACCGACACUUGCGCGGGAAACGGGUAUCGAGGUUGAAGGAAGUCACGCAUCGGCCGAGGGAAAAGCCAUUCUCGUCCAAGUAGAGGGGCAUCAAAUCAAAGGAACUGUACGCGACAACGAGCCUUUGCUUCUCUCGUUGGACGAGACAUCGUUCGCGAAUGGAAUCGCUUUGGGGGAUUUCGUUUGUUUGUACAAAGCUAAUCGUGUCCAGGAUUUGGCACAGAUCGUGAACGCUUUCUCUGUAAAAGGCAUUAAUGUUCGCAACGUGAACGCUAACGGUAAUUGGAUAAUCGUUCAAACGGAUCGAGAGACAUCUGUGCGAGUCGACGGCAUCGAAAGCUUCUAAAUUUCGAAUAUCCUUUUCCUCCCUAUAUUCAGUAUUUCGAAACUCGAAAGCGAUUCAAUCUUGAACGAGAGCAACGAUCAUUACUCUCGGAUUACAUAUUAUUUAUUAUUUGGCUCGAAAAUACCGAGGAAAAUUACAUAGAUCGUUUGUAUUUUUGUCGAGCACAAUUCUGUUGCGCUCGCCUCUUAUUCAACGUCUUUAGGAAUUUUACAUACGCGUAUAGAAAACUACGAAUAUACAAAAUAUAUGUAUGUAUAGGUAUUUAUAUUUUUGUAUCGCUAGCACUUGUUAAUAAAAUAUCAAAUCACAAAAUCCCUGGCACUGUUUCGUUUCUUUCUUCCCUUUUGUUCUUCUAACCGACUGUACAAUAUGAAAUUCUUGCGCAAUAAUUCUCUCGCGUAUUCUCCGAGAAAGAGCAAAACGCUUAUAUCACAGAAAAUACAUUUAUCGCAUCGAAGAAAGAACCGUUUACGUACAAAACUAAAACGAUCCAACUGGUCGAAAAUCCCAACUGUGCGACGAACAUGAGAAAGAUCUCGAAUUCUGUACAUAUGUCGUAUGAUCAGAUAAUGAAACGUUCAAACGUGGCAAAAGAUAAUCCCGAAGAACGUUAU